AGAACAGUUUCUUGACGCUGUUGGUAAAGAGGGAGGGAGGACAGCGGUGUUAUACAACGUGUGUACCUUUAGCAGGAAAACUCCUGCUGUACAGUAGCAAUUAAUUUAUUUUGGACUUCGGGCUGAAUCAUGUAUCGACGCCCUCUGCAGCAAUGUUUCAGACAAUUAUUAAGCUCGUCUUGCAGCAGGACCGUCUUUGGGAAGGCCAUUGAGCAGGAUCUUGCCAAAACUCUGGUGUCUUGUCAUUACAAUACAGGAGCUGUAUUGCAUACUCCGAUACAAUGUCGAGCUCUUCACAGCACACAAGAGGUCCAUGCUGUAAAACAUACACCUCAGGCUUCAGAAGAAGAAGUUGGGGCUUUCACCAAACUCAUUGAGGCCAUGGGCUUCACUGGGCCACUCAAAUACAACAAAUGGAAAAUAAAAAUAGCUGCUUUGCGUAUGUAUACUUGCUGUGUUGAGAGGAUCAACUAUGAUGAGUUUUUUGAGAGGUGCUCCCUCCCUGACACACUUAACUCCUGGUUUUUGGUGGCACAGCUCCAUGUUUGGAUGUGUCUGGUGCGGAUGAGACAAGAAGGCAGAGAAGGAAAGUAUAUGUGUCGCUACAUCGUCCAUUCUAUGUGGGAGGAUGUAGAACAGAGAAGCAAGAUCAUGGGGAUUGAUGCUAUUCAGAGGAAGAAGGGUAUGAGGGAUAUGACUGAAACAUUUUAUGCUGCCAUUUUUGGUUACGAUGAGGGAAUCCUGUCCGAUGACUGUGUUCUUGCAGCAGCACUUUGGAGGAAUUUGUUCAAUAGGCAGUGUGAGGACCCGAGACAGCUCGAGCUCAUGGUUGAAUAUGUGCGCAAGCAGUGCCCUGUUCACACCUGGAAUUAACAUUUAACUCCAGUGAUUGGAAUACAAGUGCACAACCAAGAUACAUAGCUGUUCACACCUGUCAUUAUAAUAAUUCUCCGCUGACCACUUGUGUUCGGUUUCCAUUUAUCGUUUCCGCCAGACAUAGGUUGUUGCGUGCAUUUAUUAUUUAUUUAUUAUGCUUCACUCACGUGGUCUGCAAAUGAAAAGCAAAAGAAUAGUAGAUGAGACGAUGAAAGAAACUCUGAAAAGAAGCUGCUUUCAUUUCAGAAUACUACGGGUGUGUAUGAAUGAUCGGACCACAAUGCAACUUCAAGACGCAUUUGACCUCAUUUUGUAGCACCAUCCACUUACAAUUGGAUCACCAAGGACACAUACAAAUGCCAGGUUUAAACCUCUACCAAAAAAAAACACCUCUGCCAAAUGUGAACACACCCGGUUUUCUCUCUGUGUUUAGGUUAUUCUCUCCACAGGCUUUGAGCAGCUGUGUUGACUUAUUACAGCUGGUGGUAGGCAUUUAUUACAAAUUCUGUAAUAUUCUGAAAAACAGAAAGAUCUUACCAAUAAACAGAGGUUGUGAUUUUCUAGGGCCUGAGUAGUACAAUAUGGACAGGAUUUUUUUU